CAGCGCCUAAUGAUCUGCAAACAAGUGAUUCUCGUAGUGCAGACUGGCAAUGUGCGUUUCUUGCCUUUGUCAGCGCUUCUGCCUGCGCAUGAGUCAGGAUUCCAGCCUGUAGAGAGGUGUGCCACUCACUCCCGCUCAGCACCACAAUUGCUUCACUGGUUUCUGGGCAAAGACCUCCGGACAAACGGCAACUGCUUUUUCCAUGUUAUCUGUGGAAUUUUACUACUCACCAACAUUCCAUCUGGAGAACACGCAGGAUAGGUAAACCUUGCACGCUGUGCCACACUGGAGCUGCUUUCCCUGGCAUGCCUGGGAGGAGGUGUGACUGCCGCCAGCCCAGAUUCAGGACCUUGGACAGCCACGUUGCAGAAGACACAGCUAGGGCGCGCCUUAGCCCAGUGCCAAACAAUGGGGGGAUUCUGCAAAGGGAUCAUGUAGUAGAGGAACCAGCUUGCGCCUAAAUCCCCGUUAUUUAAUGAGGCGACCACUGCUGUGACAAUCAGGCUAAUGGGUACAUGCUAAGAAAUGCACUUGGCAGAGGUUCUGCUGUCUGUUUUACUCAUAGCAGUGUUCAUCGUCUCUUUAAUUGCAAAUGUGCUGGUGCUGGUAUGCUUCUUGUACAGCGCAGAAAUCCGCAGGCAGGUAUCUGGGGUCUUUCUUGUCAACCUCUCCAUCUGCAACCUCCUCCUGACUAUCCUGAACAUGCCCUCCACUUUCCUGGCUAUGCUGGAUCACCAGCAGCCCUUUGGUGACUACUUAUGCAAGGCUGUGGGCUUCUUGGAAACUUUUCUGACUUCUAACAGCAUGCUCAGCAUGGCAGCUCUCAGCAUAGACAAAUGGAUUGCUGUGGUUUUCCCUUUAAGUUACAGCAGCAAGAUGAGGUAUAAGGAUGCUGUGGUUAUGAUGGGGUACACCUGGCUCCACUCUCUCACUUUCCCCCUGGUCUCUCUCUUCCUGUCCUGGUUAGACUACAGUAGCAUGUAUGCCUCUUGUACAUUGCACAUCCAGGAAGCCCCUGAGACGAAACGCUUUGUGGCAUUUACCAUCGUGUUCCAUGCAGCCACUUUCAUGCUCUCACUGGUUAUAUUAUGUUUCACUUAUUUAAAGGUGCUGAAAGUGGCACGGUUCCACUGCAAGAGGAUAGACAUUAUUACCAUGCAAACGCUUAUGUUGCUUGUAGACAUUCACCCCAGUGUGAAGCAGAAAUGUCUGAGUGAACAAAAGAGAAGACGACAACGUGCUACAAAAAAAAUCAGUAUUUUUAUAGGAUCAUUUGUGGUGUGCUUUGCUCCAUACGUAGUCACAAGGUUAAUAGAACUUCUUCCUUAUGUGAAGAUCAACAACUACUGGGGUAUCGCAAGCAAGUGCCUGGCGUACAGUAAAGCUGCCAGUGACCCUUUUGUAUACUCGCUCCUGCGCCAGCAGUACAGAAAGGUCCUUCUCAACAUCGUCAACAGGAUAUUGAAGAGAGAACUGUAUCCGUCCUCAGGCUACAACAGCUCUCUGGAUACGGAAAAUGACUACUGUUUGCACAGAGCAGGUUAAGGAGAUGUCCCAUCGCCGAUACAAUGCUCAAUAAUAAUGUCCCAAAUCAAUCAAAGUGAAUGCAAUCAGCUUGGAGCAGUGUAUACUGUACAUCUGUGUUGUUGGCUGGCAGUAUAUUGAUGACAGCUUGGCCAGUGUCUUCACUACAAACCUUGUAACUCACAAAGACGCUGAUGUCACUGGUUCCUAGCACAUUGAUAGGCUGGAUGCUGGUGUAGCCCAGACAGAUGCUUCCACAAUGUGUAGGCUAAUAUUCUAGCUGAUCAUGUAGCUUUCUCAAAUAUAUUGAUUCAGCAUGAUUCGUUCAGACUAACAACGCUAUCCAGCAGCAAUGUUUAGCCACUACAAUUGUAGCCAAUGAUUAGUACAACAUUAAGGGUAGAGGGGCUGCUUCAGAGGCCGACACUAAUAGCACAGCUGCUGCGUCUUUGUACGCAGCCGCUGCGCAAAUUUAUGCAAAAGCGGCAGGAGUCAUCUUAAGUAAAAAGACACCCACUGCCAGACUCUGUGAUCCGCUGCUGCAUCUGUGAUCCGCUGCUGCUUCUGUGAUCCGCUGCUGCUUCUGUGAUCUGCUGCCGGCUUCUGUGAUCUGCUGCCAGCUUCUGUGAUCUGCUGGCAGCUUCUGUGAUCCACUGCUGCUUCUGAAGAUGCAGCAUCGAAUCAUCUGCAUGAACAUCGGACAUCUGAGUAACCCUAAAGUUACUCAGGAUGUCUGGUUAAAUCAGGCUGCUGGAGUCAGCGAAGCUGCAUCCAAGGAAGCGGCCACUGGCUUCGGCGCACCCAGAAAAUGGUCCAACACCCCAAUUUCUCAAACACACCCCACUGCUGCCCCCAAAUGCUAGCGGCAUGUCAAUUUGGGGCACUGCAAGCAACACUGCAGGACCUGAUCUGCACUUGUGCAGUGCAGCUCCUAUGCAUCUGCAUACCAUUAAUCAGAGAUUUACAUAAAUAUCAGAGUUAUGUAAAUAUCUAAAUCAGGCCGAGAGAACAUACAACCUCACCCUGCUCCCCUCAGGCAGUCAUCUAAGUGAUUCAUCCUCCGUCUUUGUCAUAUGUUCUAGAGCACGUUGCAUUUUCUUCCCUUGCUGCAUACAGUGCCCCUUAUUGUUGUCUGGCAUUAAUCGUUUGCGGAAAAUAAGAAUUUACUCACCGGUAAUUCUAUUUCUCGUAGUCCGUAGUGGAUGCUGGGAACUCCGUAAGGA